UUGGGUAGGACGCGCAGACGCAUCUCUGACUCACACUUACUUUUUAAGCAGCACACAUGAUCAGGUGUGUAGUUUAUUGAAUUGUCUGUUAACAGAACCGGCGCUAUGAAUCUGAAAUUGAACAACGAUUUGAGGGGCUCAGCGAAUAUGCUGAGGGUGCCUAAAUCCCCGACAUCGUCGGUGAAGGAGGAGCGUCGUCGUACGGGCCGUUACAUCGCCAUCUUGGUGGGAAUCUCUCUGUUCCUGCUGGCGAUGUACCACGCCUGGGUUCGCAGGAUCCCCAUAGUUGCCAGCCUGGUGGUUCCAGCCCUCAUCAUGUUCGUGUACGUCGCCUGGGUGCUGUAUACUGCAUCGAGGGAUAAGCACAGGCUGCUCAUGAUGGACGCAGAGGCUGCGCUGGCUGCUUCUUCCGACGCGACGGAUAACGAUGUCCAGGUCGCUGAACUGACUCAGCACAAUGAAAUCUCUGCCCUUUCCAGCAAAGAGAGCUCCAAGCUCAACUCUCCCAACGGUUCCAUCCACAAAGACUGGCUCGAAAUAUCACCAAUAUACAAAGAGAAAAUCUACAAAACUGAAGCACCUCGGUUCAAAAUGCCGUUAAUAUUAAUCAAUGAUAAACUCCCAGAAGAUUUGGAUCAAAAGUGGAUUCACAUCGUGGAGUCUGUCACAAAUAAUGAUAAAUUAAAAGGAUUUUCCGUAAAGCGGAGGUACAGGCGGAGGUUUUGCAGGAGAAAGCACGUUGUUUUUAAGAGAUCGUAUUCCAUAGCUUAGAAAAUAAUUUUUUAAUGUUAUGACGAUUAAUUUUGUAUAAUAUUGACUAAGUAAAU